UUUCUUUAAGUGGGAUCACCAUUAUUAAAUAAUAACAAAAUAAUUUCGCAAGAGGUACAUACCCUUCGUCUAGAUUUAUUUUGUGACGAUUAUAACAUUCCGUUGGUGAUUGUUUUGCGGGGUGGCAGAGGGGGGGUGGUGACUGGGGUAAGGGCAGUGGGGAGGGUGAUUGAUACAAAUUGAGUGAGGUUCCUCUGAUAUAAACAAACUCAUCAUCCGUCGUGCCGACUGCUUAAAAUAGACUGCUGGAUGUCAAAAGCAAAAAACAUGGCUUCUGGUAGCCUGCUGGAAUAUUCGUUACAGGGCUGAGAGACGUCGAGAUACUCAAAGCAACAGAGAAAAGCAGACAGUAAUGUUCGCUGUAUCCAGGGCCUCCAAUGGCGUUCAUGUCGAGAUUCUCUCGGAGCAGCUCCAGGUCUCCGAAUAGGAAGGACUCCGAGCGCAGCUCUCCUGUCCUGUCUGUGUACGAGCUGGAGCGGCUGUUGUACACGGGGAAGACCGCUUGCAACCACGCGGACGAAGUGUGGCCUGGCCUCUACAUAGGCGACCAGGAUAUAGCUGCUGACCGGCGUGAGUUGACAAAGCUCGGGAUCACCCACAUCCUGAACUGUGCCCAUAGCAAGUGGCGAGGCGGGGCGGAACACUACCAGGGCAUGAACAUCACCUACCAGGGUAUAGAGGCCCAUGACUCGCCUACCUUUGAUAUGAGUGUCAACUUCUACCCUGCUGCAGAGUUCAUCCACAAGGCACUGAGCAGUGGAGGGAAAAUUCUGGUUCACUGUGCUGUAGGGGUCAGUCGCUCAGCCACCUUGGUGCUGGCUUACCUCAUGAUCCGCCAGAACAUGACCCUCGUCGAAGCCAUCAAGACCGUCAAGGACCACCGUGGCAUCAUACCCAACCGCGGCUUCCUCCGUCAGCUCAACGGCCUCGAUGGCAUUUUGAGAGACAGCCGGAAAACCUAAGAAGGCUCCGGUACAGUCAAUGGCUAAAAAAUACUAUCUUGAGAAAAUCGCGCCAUCGCUCUGUACCCUUAUGAAAGUGUAUUGUGGUGUAUCAUGGAAGAAAGACAGAUCAUAUUCAUUCAUAGUUAGAAAAGCACAGUAAAUCAUGGUAGGAGCGCAGUAAAUCCAGAAAAAAGCUGAAAAUACUUUGAAAAUCUGCCUAUGUACAUUUUCCUAAGGGUAUUUAUUUGACUUUUUUGUUUUGCUUAGUAAGAAAGAGAUCUUAAAAAACCCUGAAACUCGUUAUUGCACAGGUGGGAUCUGGAGAGUCAUUAAUAGUGCACAUUUUUCUAUUUCCUCCUAUUUGGCCAGCACUUCUUGGGAUUGACUACCUUCCACUGAGGGCAGUGAUCAAGGUCAGCAGGAUAUCCAGUUAGCUGUGUCUAUUGUUAGUGUAAGUGUUGCUUUAAGCUCCUUGAUAUCAACAUGGAGUUUUCUGUUAACCACUGCAGAACAAAAUAAAGAAACAAACAGCCGCAGACAUUUAAAUUCAUGCCUUCUUUGGAGCCAUAGGAAAUUGUUAUAAAAAGUAGAAAGAUUGUGUUCUUAAUCCCCCCUUUCCUGGUGCUUAGGUAGCCGAAAACCUUUGCUCUAGUGCACAAUUUGCUCCAUUUAAAAAAACAAGUGAAAAGCCUGACAUUGACCUGGAUGACCAAUGAUGAUCCUCCAUUUCCCAGAUCUCUAUAGAUAUGUAAUAAGGUCAGGACUCAGUCAAACUGUAGCUACUGCUACUGCAUCCAUUUAAGCAGUAUCCUGAGAUCUCAGUGUCAGGAAAGUGUGAUGGAAUAAGAUUUUCUUGUUUGCUAUGUACUGUCCUUGUGGUGCUGAUGCCGUGCUUGAAUGUUCUCUGCAGGGAUUUGGGUUUUAUUGGAUGUGUCCUUACUUACAGUAACACUGGAAAAUAGUAAAAGAAGGUAAACUUCUCGAACAUCUUGAACAUGAGCAUUUCAAAUGAAAUGCAAGAUUUUAAAGACACAUCUCAAGUAUCCUGCCUAUCGUGGGAAAGACCCUUUCCUAAAUUCAUACUCUUCACUUUUUAUUUUUCCAAGACGUCAGGAUAAUAUUUUGUAGCACAGAGCUGUGGGAAACCUGUCUUAAAGGAAAGGCAGCUCUUUCAAUGUAGCAAUUUGUAGUUAGAUGGUUAGCUUUAGCAGCUAAACCAGUGAUUGUACUUGUUGUUAAGUGAAGUAUAGAAUAAUUAACUUUAGCAUUGUACUUAGAGUCUGAACCAACCUUGUAUUUAGGAGUGAGAUGCAGUGAAGGGAAUUGUGCAGUAUCCAGGUAGAAAACAGUGGUGUAGGUUAGAGUAGCCUAUCAAUGUGACUUGUUUGCUGUGUCUGGUGCUAUAGUCACUUGGCCUUUGAUGUAAUUUGUGUUUCUUUAAGUUUCAGGUGUACAAUGUUAUGGGAGUGUUCCUUCAAUUCUAAGGACAGAAAAAAAAACAUUCUGUCAAUAUAUUGUUCCCUGAUUUCUAGACUUUGAUCACUCCAAAGUGUCUUUUCAAUGACUCAGCUCCCUGGCCGUUUUCAACAGGGAGGGAAGGUUUGGUGUAAUUUGUGUUAUAACAACUUGCAAUGUCCCAGGUGCUUGCAGGAUUGCGGUGAGGGAUACACCACCCCUUCACUUGGUGCAGAACCUGUCUGGGAUGCCGCAACCUUUAACACAUUCAAAAGUGAGCGGUUUGAAGCCAGGUGUCUGACGAGCGUCACUGCCUACACUUCCGCAUUCUGCCCCACGUAUUGUUGCUGGGUUUGUCCAGGAGCCGAGAUUUGAAAAAAACACACACAAAUGGCUUUUCUCAAAUGGGUGGGUUUAUCAUAAAAAUAAUUGGUGCUUGCAUGUUUUCAGAAGGCAUAUGUGGGAGAAACAUUGCAAUGGUGAAACCAGGAGCUUUCUAAGACCUUCCCAGAGGCCAGCCAGUCAUCCGUCCUCAAGAAGGCCACUUAUUCCUGGUAAGGAUUACAGCACUCUGGAGCCUGUCCUAAAUGCACAGGGUGCAGAGGGAAAUAUCAAACCAUUGCAGGGCAGGCACACUUUGUUUAGAGCCAAGAAUUAAUUAAAUCCAGAAUAAGCUUGGAAGGUGAGAAGAAAUCAGAGGUCCCAAAGAAAACCUGUAAAAACAUGGGGAGAAGAUACAAACUCCACAAGGAGGGCUUCCUAGGAACUCAGUCCAAAACCCAAGAGCGGUGAGGCAGCAGCACUAGCUGCUACACCAUCAUGACAUCCCCCUUUCCAGAUCCCUCAUUAGUGGCUAGGUUAAUGCUGUCUCUAUUGUUAUAUUCUACCAGGAAUUCCCAGGCUCCUUGGAGGCCAUGUAUUACAAGUGUUCUAAUUAAAAAACACUGGUACCAUGGAGGAUUAAUAGGAUGUGCAAAAUGCCCUUUCAUUAUCUGGGAGAGCGUCACAAGAUUUUCUAUUUUUAAAAUUCCAGAUCUGUGAGUUUAAACUUUCCUGCUUAAACUUAACUCAGACACAAUCUUGAUUCACUAAUGGAAUGAAGCUCCUGUUUGGAAAGAGGAAACCAAGGUUUGAUUUAGCAGAUUGCAUUGAAAAUGCUGAGAAAUUUACUGUACAUUUUGCCCAUAAAGCCCUAAGUACAGUAUUCAGCACUUUUUCUGGGCCACAAUUAGAAGUAUGCCUGAUAAAAAAUAUUGGCAUAGCCUGCAAUUUAGGAUACUAAGCUGUAACCUUCACAACAUCCAACACAGCUCAUCUGGUGUCAGACAAAAAUAUUAAAUGUGUACAGUAAUUUUAAUUCUGAAACAUACCGGAGAAAUGGGGUAGGUUGCUUUUGUAUCUUUCUGUGUGUGUGUAUGUGUGUGUGUUUUUUAAAAAAACCUCACUCCUGCCACUUUUUUAUACUAAGGGAAGCCACAGUCACUGUUUUCAUAAAACUUCAAAUCCUUCCAAUUCUAAGGACUAUGUACACGCCGUUGCCUUCUGCAAUCUGGACAAAAGUUCUGGAACCAGCAGAUAAAAUCCAGAAAUAAUUUGUGCAUCUUUAUUUCUUUUGGUUUCUCUAAAUGUAAGUAUAUUGUAAUUAUUUUUAUCCAGCACUGUGAGAGAAAAAAAAUCAUUUAUAUCCAAUAGGAAUGUUAGUUUCAGGACAGGAUCAGGUUUUUUGCUAGUUAUUCUUUUUAAGGUACUGUACUUUCAUGUAAGUACAUUGAAGUUACAAGAAACAUCCUUCGGGGAGUAAUUUGCUAGUCUUGCGUUGAAUGUUACUCACUAGUGCGAAACAGAAUGUGUUUACUGUUAAUGAUACCCAUAUCAACUGACUGACUUUUCUGUGUUGGCAAACCAUCUGUGGUGGAAAGAAAAGAUUGUCAGGCUGUUGCCUUCAGAAGUCUGUAAGAACUAGCUGAGAGUUAUAAUGUACUUUACCACCUCUCCUUUAAAUGCAUUAGUCAGUAAAAAAUGUCCAGACGCAGAAAUCCCACAUAAUGUAGGCUGAUGUGGUGAACACACAAAGCACAUUGUGCAACAGCAGUCAUGUGAAGGAGAGGUUCCUCACUAGAAAAGCAAUGAGAGAGCGGUGUAUGGCUGGUGGGGCAUGAUAAAUGGUGCUUUGACAUUUGUGUGUCCAGUCUGCCUUUGAAGAAAUAUUUACAUCAGACCACAUGAAACCCUCCCUGAAAUCACAUGUGACAUACAAUAACUGGAACUCUACAUUACUUCCUAUUCUUUUCAGAAUAUGAUACGUAUUCAAUUCACUUGUGUUUUUCAAAUAUACUAUGAGCCUUUACAUUUGGGAAAUGCAUUGCGUUCUGUACCUUCAGUAUAUGAAUUGCAUACUGGAAUUACAUGCAUAUAUUAGGAUUCUCUUAUCAAUAUGAUAAAUAGCAUUUAUAAUUUAUAUUGUAUGUGAAUUCUGUAUUUUUUCUGUUUGAGGAUUGGCACACAAAGUGAAGAGAGAGCCUUUGUACCUUGAGGGUUAAGAAAUAUUAAUAGAAGAAAAGUGGAAAUGAAAAUUCGGGUUAUUUGACAUAGGAGGUCUUAAGUUAUUAAAACUGACAAACAAGCAGCAAGCUGCCAUUCAUUUACAGAAGACCAAAGGCCAAAAGUUUAUUUUCAGGCCCUCUAAUAUGUUCUUUAUUCUAAUAGCCUUAAGCAUACAAGGAACUAUGGAAAGGUCCCGUGGAUACAGAUGUCUGAUUUGUGAUUAGGACAGUUGUGGUUUCUGUACACUCAGUACAGAAACUGGACUAAAGGACUGCGGGAGCAGUCUGACAUCAAGUAAAACUUUAGUUCUGCCUCACAAAAUCUGCUCAAGAGGAGAAGAAACUCCGUUUGCAUUUGAAAUGUUUGUUAUUUGGCAAGCAAUUAAGGUUCCGUAAUUUUAGAUAAAUUGCAAUGAAUUGACCAAUUUACAGUAUGUUAUUCUACUAUAGCAGCAGCACUGAAACACAGGUCCCACAACAUUGCUGUUACUGUAGCCUGUAACUCUCCCCCUCCUGUGUCUCCAAUUUUGAAAACAGACAUGCUGCAUCUCUGACUACUUCUGAAGAACCUUCAGCCAUGUCCAGAUAGUAAUUUGAAUUCUACAUAUUUCUACAUUUUUACUUUCUUUUUAAAAACAAAACAAAAACCUUUCUAUACAAAUACUUGAAUUAUUUAUAUUGAUCAUGGUAUCCUUUUUAUAUCUCCAGACUCCUUAGAAAUGUGGGAUGGAGGUCAUAUGCCUUAAGUACAUUCAUGUAUUUAGCAAUUUCAAGUGUGACUCCUGCUCAGACUGAAUUCUUUGUUACCUUUGGUGUAUUUGUUUCCUGUUGCUUUUCAAUGCUUUUUCUAAAUCAGUGAACAAAUAAAACUGUGUAUCAAAUAAAUGUGUAGAUUCAGCAA